UCUCCAUCUCCCUCGCUCGCACUCAAAGCCACAGUGGGCGCACUCCUGCUGCCAUCGAGAAUCCCCGUCCUUGGUUCGGAGUCGGGAGUGGAUGUGCAGAAUUAGCGAGUCCCUUCUAAAGUAGUCAGCGAUCAUGAGGUUUUAAACGGCACCUAUGAACAGCACUGCCUGUCUUUUCUCGGGGAUAACAUGGGAUCUCAGCGACUAUGGAGGGUGCUAUGUCUAAUUACUGUAUUCUGUCAGAUGGGCAUGUCAAGCAAAUACGGCUGUCUGUUUGAGAAGAAGCUCUGCCCCAGAGACCAGUCCUGCUCAGACGAUGGGCUGUUUGGCCAGUGUCGUCUGCCCCAGCAGGAGAGGAUCCAAUAUGAGGUGUCAGUAACCGUGCUGCACAAACUACAGGAGGUGCUCAAAGACCUUAUGAUGCAAGGUUUGUCCUGGCAGGAUGACAUCACCCAGUACAUCAUUGGCAAGGAGCUGAGCCGCGUUCCACAGACCCACCCCCCGUCUGGAAGUCAUGACAACCCCUCGUCUCAGUCGGCAGAAACUGUGCAGAAUGCCCCUCCUUCCGAGAUGCGGUAUUCUCCGAGCUACAGGGCAAAGGGAGAAGGGGACAAUCUCAACCCAGACCUGAUGCAGCGAUACCUGGAUUACAUGAUCAUGGACCCACCCCGAUCCUCACAGUCCCUCCACAUGCAAACUCUGGACCCUUACAGUUACCGUCAGCAGCAGUAUGGUUACCAGGACAACGAAGAGCGCUCCCUCAACUCUCUGGAGGGGGGCGGUUUCCCCCACACCUCCUCUCACUCCGUAGGUAAAGGGUCACGAACCCAGGACCGAGACCGGCAGGUGCUCCAGGACCUGGUCUCCCUCUACCUCUCCUCCCCCACCCAGCCGGUCUCCCCCAACCGUGGGGCAGCAGCACCGCUUUCCACCUCUCCCUUCUACCAGGAACUGGACUUUCCUCUGGACUACACAGAGGACUACAUUUCCCAGCAGGACGUGGAGGUCCGAAAACAGCAUGAGCAGACGGAGAAGAAAACUCAGAAGGACUACGGUUCGCUGGCUGGGUUAGAUGAUGGCUCCCUGCAGAAACUGGCUCUACUACUUGACCACUAUGGCAUCGAUAUGAAGGACUUAACCCCUCAACAGCUGGACAACCUACCUGCAGCACUGAAGCAGUUACAGAUGGAGAGUGCUGCUGUAGGUACCAACACAGCAGAAAGGUACAGGAGCAGUGCCGCCUCGCGUAAGAAGAUCACUGAGGGAGCAAUGACACACAAGGUGGACAAAGCUUCCAUCUCACUUCCUGAACAGCCCCCUGUGCCCCAAGCCUCCCCAGAUAACACCCCCGCCGCUGGUGCCCCUCCAUCCGCAGAGGGAGCCAGUGGGAAGGAGCCAAGGCCCACCGCCCUGGUUAAAACCGAGAAGCAGAGGAAGAAAGGGACAGCAGAUGGGAAGGCUCAAGUACAGGAGGAAUACGGCUAUAUCGUUACCAACCAAAGUCACCUCAGUCGAUACGACGGGGUGCGUCUGUUGGAACUCCUGGCUGAGAGGAUCCAUCUCUCCGCUGGCUCUUUCAUCAACAUCAGCGUGGUGGGGCCGGCGCUGACCUUCCGUGUCCGGCCCAACAGCCAGAACCUGAGUGCUGACGGCGUGGCAGAUAAAGCUGUUGCAGAGAAGAACUUUCUGGAGUCUGAAACUGAUUUGAAGAUCCUGCAGACAGGUGUUGGUGAGAGAGCUGAUGGGCUGGGCUUACCUACGGCCACCCGGAUCCAAGAUGGCUCUCGAUGGGUGUUCAUGACCAUGGUGGUCAUGGCUUGUGUGGGCGGGAUCCUAGUGGCGACCAUGACCGUAGCCUGCCUGCGUCGCCAUGCCAACCGCCUGGCGUCUGAGAAGCUGGGUCUGGGGCCGGAGGGAGGUAGUGUCACACACCAAGAGUACCAGGACCUGUGUCGUCAACACAUGGCCUCCAAGGGAACGGGAUCGGUGGGCGGAAGUGGCGGGGUUGCUGUAGGUUCGGGUGCAGGACGAGGCGGAGGUGGUACUGACACAUCCAGGGUGAGCAGUGUGUCGUCCCAGUUCAGCGAUGCACCCCAGCCCAGCCCCAGCUCUCACAGCAGCACCCCCUCCUGGUGUGAGGAGCCAGCGCAGUCCAACAUGGACAUCUCCACUGGUCACAUGAUCCUGGCCUAUAUGGAGGACCACCUGAAGAACAAGGACCGUCUACUGAAGGAGUGGGAGGCCCUGUGUUCUUACCAGGCAGAGCCCAGCACUGUGUCCGUAGCCCAGAGUGAGAGCAACCUGAAGAAGAACCGCUGCCCCGACUCUGUGCCCUAUGAUCACUCCAGGGUGAAGAUGAAGGCAGAGAUGAACCCUUCCCGGACCGACUACAUCAACGCCAGCACCAUAAUUGAGCAUGACCCCCGGAUGCCGGCGUACAUUGCCACACAGGGACCCCUGUCGCACACCAUCUCUGACUUCUGGCAGAUGGUUUGGGAGAACGGCUGCACUGUGAUAGUGAUGAUGACAGCCCUGGUGGAGGACGGAGAGAAACAGUGUGAUCGCUAUUGGCCUGACGAGGGAUCCUCCCUCUACCACAUCUAUGAGGUGAACCUGGUGUCGGAGCACAUCUGGUGCAACGACUUCCUGGUGCGCAGCUUCUACCUGAAGAAUGUCCAGACUCAGGAGACUCGCACGCUCACCCAGUUCCACUUCCUCAGCUGGCCUGCCCAGGGCAUCCCGUCCUCCACACGCACCCUGCUGGACUUCCGCAGAAAAGUGAAUAAAUGCUACAGAGGCAGAUCUUGUCCAAUCAUUGUGCACUGCAGUGAUGGUACAGGCCGGACUGGCACCUACAUCCUGAUUGAUAUGGUUCUGAACCGCAUGGCCAAAGGAGUGAAGGAGAUCGACAUUGCUGCCACACUGGAACAUGUCCGUGACCAGAGACCGGGAAUGGUGCGCACUAAGGACCAGUUUGAGUUUGCCCUGACCGCUGUGGCAGAGGAGGUGAAUGCCAUUCUGAAGGCCUUGCCCCAGUGAAACCGACCUGCCUGAACCACAGACCCCCUCAGUGACCGUUCUCUUGCACCAUGGAAUUGUAUAUUCAAUCAUCAACUGUGUCUUACCUCACCUUUUCUCUACAACAUGGUGGCGAAUGACCAAGCUGUUCUUUGCGCUUUCUCUCCCAUUUGAAUGAUGCCUUCAAUUUCUUGCUAUUCUCUGUGGUGGUGGUGACGAUGACAAAGGCCCACUUGCUCCUAAAAAGUAUUUCUGUCAUCUUCUAUACAACUCUUCUAACAAAUGCCCCCUUGUGAAUGGUUGCAGAUUUAUUAUCGUUCUCUCUAAAAUAUGAAUAAAAUGUUAAUAUUUGAACGUUUUACAUCAAUGGACUGUGUUUUUGAAAGCACACCAUCAGAGGUUUCUGCUGGUGAAUAAGGAAGGAUGUGAGUACAGCAAACAUUCUCUGAUUCUACUAUUUACCCUAAUCUGAAACCCAGCUCGUACCCAUUCAAUGUUCUCUCCGUUUAAUAACGAUUUGGGAAAGAUUGCUAUCCUUUAGUCCACUUCCUUGUUUCCUGUGCAUAUUUAGAUUGUUGUAAUUGUUUUGUUCACUUAUUGUUGUUAAGCAAACCAGAUUAAAAAAAAAAUAAAAAAUAUAUAAAAUAUAAAAAAUGCCUAUUUUGUAACUUUGUGUUGUAACUAAUAAACGUUUGUGUGUGAUGCAAAUGCUUAA